AUAAGGUCGCAUCAAAAUACAAAAGGCACCACUUUUUUAACCGCAGCAUUGGGUUGCCAUGUACCAGUCGGAAUCCUCAUCCCCUUCGUCUGGAAAGUUCGAAACUUGAAAUUGAUCGCCCCGCCGGCCGGAAAGUCUGUCUCGCCGGCACUGGGUUUAAUCAAAACGAUGGUCGAUCCGAAUUGGGAGCUGAAGAACUGCUGUAAUCACGACCAGAAGUCGUUCCUUAUCACCAUCGGCGUUUACUCCGUUGUUAUCCUAGGUUUGUGGAGAACUUUCCUUCUAACACCUUUCAAGCUCAUCACUGUAUUUCUGCAUGAGGCAAGCCAUGCAAUUGCUUGUAAAUUCACAUGUGGUGAGGUGCUGGGCAUGCAAGUACAUGCAAACGAGGGGGGUGUGACAACAACACGUGGCGGUGUUUAUUGGUUGAUUUUGCCUGCUGGAUAUCUUGGUUCAUCAUUUUGGGGAAUGGCUCUCAUACUUGCAUCCACACAUCUAUUGACUGCACAAAUUGCUUCUGGUUGUCUUAUUAUAGCUCUGAUAGUGGCGCUCUUCUUUGCUAAAAAUUGGACGCUUAGAGGACUUUGCAUUGGAUUCAUUAUUUUCAUUGCUGUGAUAUGGGCUCUUCAAAGAAUGACUGGAGUGCGGAUUCUUCGCUAUGUAAUACUUUUCAUUGGUGUUAUGAACAGCUUGUUUUCUGUAUAUGACAUAUACGACGACUUGAUAUCGCGAAGGAUUAAUACAAGUGAUGCUGAGAAGUUCGCUGAAAUUUGUCCAUGCCCUUGUAAUGGUGUUGCUUGGGGUUUUAUCUGGGGGAUGAUAUCAUUUGCAUUCCUUUGUGGGGCAGGGUACCUUGGACUUAUCAUUUUAUCUUGAGGUGCUAUAUAUGGCUCCUGCAUGCCAAAAUCAAUCUGCCCUGGAUUGUAUAUGAUCCCAUUUCAUUCAUGUUAUCUUACCAUUCUUACAUUACAACAGCCAAAACAUAAAUGACUGUCUGAUUUAUGUGUGAUUCAUUCAUUGGCGUUUAUCUUGGAGUAAUACGGAGUAUAAUGUCGAGAAAGUACUCCGUAUUUAACUGAGUGAUGUUCAUUAUGUCCAUGUCCUUGGGAUGUGGAAGAGAGUACUUAUAAAUUUCUUGUAUUGUGAUUAUAAUUGAAGUUUCAAUCUUCUUACAAUGGAGCUGCUUGGUGACUUUUGUUCCCUUUUUUUCAUCUUGGAAAAUAAUUGUUCCAAAUUUUA